UUAGCCUUAGCCGCCCUCAUAUAUUCGCUUUCAGUCUCUCCCACGCUGAAUACUAUAGUCUUAUCAGAGUCCUUCCCGGCCGAAGAGCUAUGAAUUUCUGCAUUGCGGUUUCUCUGAUCGUUCUCGUCGCCGUUUUCAGUUUCGGCAACGGCGAUUGCGCAGCUAAGCAAGGAGAAAUGUGCUCCCUAUCUUUUGACUGUGAUACCGACUUGCAUUGUGAGGAGUGUAUUGCCGAAGGUGAUUAUUUUCCGCCUGUGCAUAGAUGUAUUCGCAUUCAGCCGCUCAAUCCGUUCUCUAAGGUCAAGGGAGUACCAUUUAAUCGGUACUCAUGGCUUACAACACACCUAGUGACUACCCGGACCCAGGACGACUCUGUUAUUCAACAGCUCAUGAAUGGCGUUAGGGGCUUGGUGCUUGAUGUGUAUGACUUCAACAAUGACGUUUGGCUAUGCCAUUCCACCCAUUCAUCUUGUGGAAAAUGCAACGAACCUUUUCUACCUGUAAUAACUGUCCUGAGUGAGAUUAAAUUGUUUCUUCAAACAAACCCUUCAGAAAUUGUCACUAUCAUGAUUGAAGACUACGUUGCAAAGCCAAAUGGAAUAACGAAUGUUUUUAGGGCAGCUGGCCUAGGACCUUUCUGGUUUCCAGUAUCUCUGAUGCCUAAAAGUGGUGAGGAAUGGCUAAAUGUUGAUGAAAUGAUUGAAACAAAUAAACGGUUAGUGGUGUUUGGUUCAAAGUCUACUAAAGAAUCUUUAGAAGGUAUCGCAUACAAAUGGAGAUACUUCAUAGAAAACAAAUAUGGAGACGAUGGGAUGAUAAAUGGAUUAUGUACCAAACGUGCAGAAUCAUCUCCCUUGAACACACGAACAAGGUCACUAAUUCUUAUGAACUAUUUCCCAUGUGCACCAGAUCCUGACCAAGCUUGCAAACAUAAUUCAAAACCAUUAAAGAGUAUGAUGUAUACAUGUUUUGAAGCUGCUGGCAAAAGAUGGCCCAAUUUCAUUGUGGUUGAUUUUUAUAAGAGAAGUGAUGGAGGGGUAGCCGCUGAAGCUGUUGAUGAGGCAAAUGGUCAUCUAUUGUGUGGUUGUACAAACAUUGCACAUUGCAAGGAUAAUAUGACUUUUGGAACCUGUGAGUUGUCCCAACAAACAAGCCCUGCAAAUUUGGUCAACAGAUCAUUUCAAUUGUUGUUGCUGUUUGGAAUGUGUACAUUGGCUCUUUCCUUGUGGGCCUAUUUUGUUGGUACAUGGAUACUACGACGUUUGUUCUCGUACGUGUGAAUAAAUAUUAUACGUGUGAAUUAUUCUUAUAAUGGUUGUCUUCUCUGCGAUUGCCUUGAUCUCAAACGACAUUUUUGAUGUGUUGUUCCAUUUUAUCUCUAGACCAACGAAUACGUUGGCUCAUGCUUUGGCUAGAGCUACGACGUCUAAGUAUAGUCCUCAUACUUGGUUCUUUUCUUAUCCUGCUUGUAUUGAACAUUUCACUAUUUGUGAGUAAUACAUUCGUUUCUU